AUGUGGUGGCUGGUGCUGGCCCUGUUCUGCUUCCAGCUCGGGGAGGGGAUGCUGAGGAUCCCCCUGAGGAAAGGCAGGUCCAUGCGGGAGCUGCUGAGAGAGAAGGGGGUGCCGGAGGGUUUCCUGAAGGAGCUCAAAGGGGACCCCGGUAGGAAAUACCAGCUCAACAACGCUGUGGCUUACGAACCACUAACGAACUACCUGGAUUCCUUCUACUUUGGGGAGAUCAGCAUCGGGACCCCUCCACAAAAUUUCCUGGUGGUCUUUGACACCGGCUCCUCCAACCUGUGGGUGCCCUCCACCUACUGCCAGAGUCCAGCCUGCGUGAAUCACAAGAGGUUCAACUCCAGCCUGUCGUCCACCUUCUCGUACAUCGGUGUGACCUACACCCUGAGAUACGGGCUUGGUGACCUGUCGGUGGUGUUAGGGUACGACACCGUGACAGUCCAGAACAUCGUCGUCAGGGACCAGGAGUUUGGCCUGAGCCUGGAUGAGCCCAGCAGCCCCUUUUACUACCUGGACUUUGAUGGGAUUUUGGGCAUGGCUUACCCGGGCGUUGCCAUCAGCGGUUACAGCACGCUGAUGCAGAACAUGCAGCAGCAGGGCCAGCUCGCUGAACCCAUCUUCAGCUUCUACUACUCACGCAACCCAACGUAUAACUAUGGUGGGGAAGUCAUCCUCGGAGGGGUUGACCCCCAGCUGUACUCCGGGGAGGUUUUAUGGUCUCCUGUCAUCCAGGAAUUGUACUGGAAGAUCAGUAUCGAGGAGUAAGUGCUGCACCGCGGCUCGGAGUGGGUCUCGGAGCCGGGAGAAGCCUUUUCUGAUACCGGUACAGUCCUGCUGACCGUCCCAGGACAAUUCAUGUCAGACUUCCUUCAGGCGCUGGGUGCAGAGGAGAAUGCCUACGGGUUUGUCGUCAACUGCAGCAGCGUCUCAAGCAUGCCCUACCUCUACUUUGCCAUCAGUGGAACACAGUUAUCGCUGCCUCCCUCUGUCUAUGUCUUAAACAACGAUGGCAUCUGCACCGUUGCAGUCGAGAGCACGUACGUGUCCUCCUCCAGCGGCCAGCCACUCUGGAUCCUCGGCAACAUCUUCCUCCGGCAGUACUACUCCAUCUUCGACAUGGCUAACAACAGAGUUGGCUUUGCCCUGUCAGCCUAG